AUGGCAGACCCGCUUAGUGUCGCGGCCAGCGUGGUUGGCAUUACGGUUCCAGCCCUGCACGCUACGAGACUCCUUCUUACUGAUUUGCAAGAGCUCAAGGAUGCUCCUAGUACCGUGCGGCAUUUGCAGGAAGACCUGCGUGCUCUCGACGCCGCCAUCAAAUCCCUUCAAGAAAUCGACGACACGAAAUGGGCAGUUUUAGGCCAAGACGUGGCUGAAAACACCAAGACGACGGUUGGCACAUGCCAGACGGCAUGUACAUUCUUCCGAGCCGACAUCCAGCAUUGGACUCGAAAUUCUACCGCGGGAAAGCUGAGCUUGCGGGACCGAGCGAGUGUAGGCUUUUUCAAGCGAGACCGGAUCAAGUCAUUGACAGAGCAGCUUCAAAGCUGUAAAUUGUCCAUUGCCUCUGUUGUAAAUGUGGCCGUCUUGUACGCCUCUCUUCGAAACGGCCACGUUGCUGAAGAGAUCAGGACUGUGGUAUCUUCGCGACAGACAGAAAUCACAGACGCCAUUAGGACGACAAAGGAUCGUCUUCAAGCUGUCGAAGACAGCAUAACAACGCUGGACCUUGGUUCCCGCGAGCGAGAUCAGCAAACGCUGGGACAAGAACAUGAAACCUUUGCCGCUUCGCUCGAACUGUUGCAGGAACUGCUGGCCAAGUUACAGGCAGAGACGGUGGCGAAGGCUACUGCACAAAGCCAGGGUUCUGUUGGUACAGUCACGUUUGGCAGUCAAAACUCGGGCUUCCAAGCUGGACAGAUCUAUGGUGGGGUGACCGGGAUCAGCUUUGGUAAUAAGUAA